AUGGAGACUUCUCUGCUGCUGCUGCUGCUUAGCCUGGGCGUGGUUCUUGCAGGAGCUUCAGAAGUUACGGAGAUAAGGAAAGAAGAAUUUGCAGAGCAGAAUCUGCACAAUGACGUGGCAAAACAGGCUGUUGAGAUAUUAAUGAAUGUGACCCUGCUGGAUACAAACACCAGUCUCAUUGUGUCCAAGAAUAUUAUGUCUUCCUCAUUAUUGAAAUUUGGAGAGUUUCCUUACGGCAUCCCUAAGGUACACAGGCUAAGUGAUGCCAAAGGUUGUUGCAAUGAAAUGAUGAUCUGGAGAAAGCUUUCCAAAGUCAAUGGUUCAUGUGGGCUGAGCAACAUCUUUCCCCACGGCGCUGAGGAAAUGACCUGCGGGAUCCAGAAGGUCCCCAGGUGCAGCUGCAGGCGUGGGAAGCGCCUUGGUGUCAGCAGCUGUGGCAGUGCGGAUCUGGAGCUUUCUGUGUGCCAGCUCCCCGCAGGCACACAGUUUCCCAGGUGCCAAUACCACAGUGUGACCUCACUGAAGAAGUUGUUGAUGGUGCUGACAGGCCACUCUCUGAUGAGCUGGCUCGUCAGUGGCUCAAAGCUGUAA